GUGCUGCUGAGGAGACGUAGGACUGCACCAUUCCUGCCGCCUCCACCGGGGAGGCUGUAAUCCCAUCCUGUAGGGAGGAAGAAGAGGAAGAGUCACUGCUUUGCACUCUGACGCUCCGUCCUCUCCUCCCCCCGGUUUUCCUACCGUGUCUCUCUCUCGCUCUCUCUCUCGCUCUCUCUCUCUCCCUCUCUCUGUGUGUCUCUCUCAUCUGUUCCCUCCCCUGAACGCAGAGGCUGCUCGGUCGCAGCUCGCGAGCCUCCGGGAUCAUCGUAUUGUUCGCCCACCGCUUUCCCCCCAACCCCCCUUCUCUCCCGGUUAAAUCGAAGCAACACGGCGGACCUUUUCUCCUUUUCAACCCCCUUUCCUCCUUCCCUUCUCCUCUGGAUGUCCUCACCGUGGGAAUCUGCGGCAGCCGAGCCAGUCCGGUGACGUGCCCGAGCAUGUUCUUACCAGAGGCGGAUUUACCUGACAGUCCGUCGCUGCCCUCGCUCCCCCGCCAGCACGCGCGUUUGGACUUCACCGACCGUCACUGAGGAGGAAAGGAAGGAAACACACCCCGGCUCUAAGGAUGGGGUUCUACGGCACUUUAAAGAUGAUUUUCUACAAAAUGAAGAGAAAGUUGGACCAUGGCCCAGAGGUCCGAUCUUUCCCUUCAGGAAAAAAGCCCUGCAAAGGCCCGGAGUAUCCGAGCCCAACAGGAAUUGUCCCGUGUCCAGCCACACCCACCACCUUCGGCCACAUCAGAGCGGCCAACGGCCAGGGCCAGCAGAGACGACGAAUCACCUCAAUCCAGCCUCCUACGGGGCUCCAGGAAUGGCUCCGAACAUUUCAGAGCUGGAGCGGCCCGGAGAAGCUGCUAGCGCUGGAUGAGCUGAUCGACAGCUGUGAGCCCACACAGGUCAAGCAUAUGAUGCAGGUGAUCGAGCCGCAGUUUCAGCGCGACUUCAUCUCCCUGCUGCCCAAAGAACUGGCUUUGUACGUACUUUCAUUCCUGGAACCGAAGGACCUCCUGCAAGCGGCGCAGACGUGUCGCUACUGGCGCAUCCUGGCAGAGGACAACCUGCUGUGGAGAGAGAAAUGCAGGGAAGAGGGUAUCGACGAGCCUCUGCCCCCGCGGAAAAGGAAGGUGGCCAAGCCGGGCUUCACCCACAGCCCCUGGAAGAGCGCCUACAUCAGGCAGCACAGGAUAGACACCAACUGGAGGAGAGGAGACCUGAAAUCACCCAAGGUGCUGAAGGGACACGACGACCAUGUGAUCACCUGCCUCCAGUUCUGCGGCAACCGCAUUGUCAGCGGCUCCGACGACAACACACUGAAGGUCUGGUCGGCCAUCACAGGAAAGUGUUUACGGACAUUGGUGGGCCACACCGGGGGCGUGUGGUCGUCCCAGAUGCGAGACAACAUCAUCAUCAGCGGCUCCACCGAUCGCACGCUCAAGGUUUGGAAUGCAGAGACGGGAGAAUGUAUCCACACCCUCUACGGGCAUACCUCAACAGUACGCUGCAUGCACCUACACGAGAAAAGGGUGGUCAGUGGCUCUCGUGACGCCACGCUUCGUGUCUGGGACAUCGAGACGGGUCAGUGUUUACACGUCCUUAUGGGCCACGUGGCAGCGGUGCGCUGCGUCCAGUACGACGGACGGCGGGUGGUCAGCGGGGCCUACGACUUCAUGGUCAAAGUGUGGGACCCAGAGACGGAGACCUGCCUCCACACGCUGCAGGGCCACACCAACAGAGUGUACUCCUUACAGUUUGACGGGAUCCACGUCGUGAGCGGCUCCCUGGACACGUCCAUCAGGGUCUGGGACGUGGAGACGGGGAACUGCAUCCACACCCUGACGGGUCACCAGUCCCUCACCAGCGGCAUGGAGCUGAAAGACAACAUCCUGGUCUCAGGCAACGCAGACUCCACUGUUAAGAUCUGGGACAUCAAGACGGGCCAGUGUCUCCAAACGCUGCAAGGUCCCCACAAGCACCAGAGUGCCGUGACGUGCCUCCAGUUCAACAAGAACUUUGUCAUCACCAGCUCUGAUGACGGCACUGUCAAGCUGUGGGACCUGAAGACGGGCGAGUUCAUCCGGAACCUGGUGACCCUGGAGAGCGGCGGCAGCGGCGGCGUGGUGUGGCGCAUCCGGGCAUCCAACACCAAGCUGGUGUGCGCCGUGGGCAGCCGCAACGGCACGGAGGAAACCAAGCUGCUGGUGCUGGACUUUGACGUGGACAUGAAGUGACAGGAAGUGGUGCAGGGGAACAUGCCGUGGAAGGACGAAGAGAGCGAUCCACAGAGAGAGAGAGAGAGAGAGAGAGGAGGGGGACGGGAGCCCGGAGACCCAAAAACUCUUCAUUUACACUCAGAGAGUCUACAAUCACAAAACCCGUCGCUGUCCGCGUCUCCCGUUUGAGUUCCUGCUACGGACAAACUCAGUCCAGUCCCCUCUGACCCCCGGCCACUCCUGCUGAAGGUGAUCUGGAGGGAGAAACAGAGCGAACUCCCCUGAAACCGGCCGGCUUCGCACAGAGAACCCGCUUUCGCUCGAGUCGGACAGAUUUUCAGAUGUACAGAGAGAUAUUAUUUUUUAAAACUCCCCCCCACCCAUCCAUCCCCUCCCUCCUAUCAGAGCGUGUGCAUACAGUCAUCACACGGCCAUGAUGACUGGCUUCCCCUCACAGUUCCUCCCAAAGAGCUGCUGGACGUGGUGGGGGGGCGUCGGGGUGGUCCGGCCCGUUUCCGUCACUCCGUUUCCGUUCUCAUCGCUCUGCACUCGGUUUUCUGGACUUCUGAUUUCUCCACAUAAACACAACUGUGAAUUUCAGGAUCUGAAGAGGUUUUUUGUUUUUUUUUGUUGUUGUUUGUUGUUGUUGGUUUUAUGCUUCAUGCAGAAUUUCAGUAUUAGAGGAAGAAUCCGGUCCGGUCUCUGUUACCGUCAGUGCUGUUCAGCUCUGGGGGGGGUUUCCUCAGAAGCUGGAGGGCUGAGGACAAACACCUCUACUAUCCACUGACCCCGCCCCCUGACUCCACCCUGCCCCCGCCCCCCCGAGUGGCCAAACUGAAUCUAAUGCUGCUAGAGGAACCGGAACCAGAGAAUGGAGCUUCUACUUGCUGUGACGUUUUAGUCCACAGGCGAAAUUCCUCACAGGACUCUGUACGUUUGGACUUAAACCAGAAAGGCGACAUGACGUGACGUGAUCACCAUUUUUGGGGGGGGUUUUUUUUUUUUUUUUUUUGUUUUUUUUUUUGCCACUGAAACUUGAGCCAAACGUGCCUCUGCGUUUGAGGCUACGAGGAGGGAGCGCGUCCAACAGAAACUGACAGGAGACACAAACGAGGGGGAAUUGUAACACUGUUAGAGAACGUGUGUGUGUGUGUGUGUGUGUGUGUGUUAAAGUGUGUUAGCUGGCAGCUUGUUAUCACAUUCCUCGGGACAACGCUUCUCCAGCCUGUUCUUUGGGAAAAAUGUCGAAAUGCUGCGUGGAGGACUGGCUUCAAAAAACAAAAAAGGUUAAAAAAUAAAUCAAACUAACAGAUGUACUGAUUUUAACUUGUGAAUGAGAGAAUGGCCCAUAUGUCUGUGUGAGAGACUUUUUUUUUUUUCUUUUUU